UUAAGAUAAUAGAUGUGCAAAUAGGUUUGUGAGAUAGUUAUACUAACACUCUAUCCAGUACAUGCUGUAGUGUAUAUAUAUAUAUAGAAUUGCUAUUUGAAUAAAUGUUUUCAUUGGAUUUGUGAUGAUCUCCUUGUCCAUUUGGAUUCUGGGUACCAUCCUACUGACUUGUAGAGCACAGGAGCUCUACGUCACUCCAACUCUAACUGCCUGUCCCUCUGGUGUGGCUAACUGUCACACUCUGGACUACUAUGCUAUUAAUGGCAGCUCACUUUGGUUUGGAAAAGAGAAUGUCUCUCUUAUCUUCCUGGAGGGAAAUCACACCUCAAAUAAAAGAUUUCAAGUAUUGGGUUCCCAUUUAUUAACUGUCAAAAGCAGUGGUGAUACAGACAGUGUGUUCGUUUUCUAUGUCGAUUUCUGGGCCUUUGCACUUGAUCGUCUUGUCAUAGAGAAUUUGAAUUUUGUUAACUGCGACUUGCACUUGCAUUGCUACGGUAGUAUGGUAGGUAUGAAAGAAACAAAUCUCAGAAAUUCUUAUAUUCACAUUCAGAGCCAAAAUGAUGGUGUUCAACUGGUUGAACUAAAAGAGCUGACCACAGAUUAUAUUAGUAGGCCAUUUGAAAUUGACCUCUAUAAUCACACGGUAUUGACUAUUUCAAACUGUAUCUUUCAACAGCCAAUUAGUGUGAGGACAUUAGUAAAUAAUGAAAGAAUCUUUAUAAAAGCAAGCGUCAUAGAUAGUACAUUUAGAUCGAUCAAUGUGUAUUCUGCUCUACAAUUUUCACGUUACACAAAUUUAACAGUAGCCGAAGAGUUUGAAGGCUCACUUACACUUGAAAAUGUAUCCUUCAUUGACAAUACCGCCACUGGCCUGGAAAUACAACAACCAAUGGAUGUAAUCAUUAAUGGUUCCAAGUUCAUCAACAAUUCUGGUUUGCUUGGAGGUGCAAUAAACGUGUCAGAUUCAAGAUUGUUCUUUGUUGGGGAUAACCUAUUCCUUAACAAUUCUGGUAGCAAUGGCGGAGCUAUUCACUUAUCUAAUUCAAUAAUUUGGUUAGAAGAAGACUCCAAUAUUACCUUUCAAGAAAAUAGGGCCUCUGAAAUCGGAGGUGCUAUUUCUAAUGAAGCUCAAAACAGUUGUUUUUACAGCCUAACAUUUGAUGUCGAUAAAGAGAGCACUUCUAUUCCCGUGUCCAUUAAGUUUAGAAAAAAUACUGCUUUAGCUGGUAGGGACAUUUAUGGUGCUGGCUUACAGAACGAUUGUAAAGUUACUCCGAAUGGAACUGUUUAUAGCUGUGAUAUUCAAAAUUCUGUUUUCAAAUUCAUAAACCGAACGUUAUCAUCUGUUUCUACAAGUGCUAAAAGAGUGUGUCUAUGCGAGAAUGGUGUGCCUCAAUGUGCAAAUAUCGACUACAUCUUUUAUAACAUAUCCGCAGCUCCCGGAGAAAAGUUUAACCUCAGUGUGGUACUUGUGGGAGAGGAUUUUGGAAGUAAUCCAGGAGGUGUAUAUGCUUCCAGUAUCAAACAAAGUACUACUGAUUCUUGUUUCACUUUUGGUUCAAGACGAAGCCUCCAACUUUCUGAAGCCAAAUAUUCUGACAAUUGCUCAUUACUGGAAUACUCCAUAGAACCAAAACACAAAAGUACCCGGAGUGUGAGUUUUAUUUUAUCAAGAGACAGAGUUGAGGCUUCUAAACAUCAGGAAGCACUAACUACUCUAGACACCGUUCGAACUGAGUUAGAAAGUAGUAUCUUACUAUACAAUGAUUCCGGGUGUAUAGACAACAAUCUCCUCAAUGCAGCUGUGGUCAUCAAUGUGAUUGUUCUUCCUUGCCCUCGUGGGUUCAUAUUGUCUGAGAAAAAUAUCUGCAUAUGUGAUCCACAACUGAAUAGCUCCGUUGAGUAUUGUAAUGUAAAAAAUAAAACUGGGUUACUUUACCGCUAUAGAAAUGUCUGGAUAGGCCGGCCUAACAUCAAUAAAAAUGACUCAGAUGUAAUUCUUGUUCACAGUUUUUGCCCAUUCGACUACUGUAAUUCGAACCCAGUUGGUGUUGACCUGAACAAUCCAGACAGCCAGUGUGCUCUCAGUCACAGUGGUGUUCUCUGUGGAGGUUGUCUACCAGAGGUCUCAGUCUGGCUAUCGGCAGCUCUAGAUGUAAGAAUUGUACUGACCAAAAUGAUCACAUCGCUUUUCUAGGAGCAUUUAUUGUAGCUGGUGUUGUCCUUGUGCUCUGCAUAAAGGUGUUUGAUUUAACUGUUGCCCACGGAACAAUCAAUGGACUCAUCUUCUACGCCAAUGUUGUCUGGAUAAAUCAAGGUGUCUUUUUUUCCAACAUUAGUGAUCACUAUGAUGUGCAAUGUUUUGGCAUAAUGAAAGGAUUUAUUGCCUGGCUUAAUCUCGACUUUGGUAUUGAAACUUGCUUCUUCAGUGGGCUUGAUGCUUAUUGGAAAACUUGGUUGCAGUUUGCUUUCCCCUUAUAUCUCUGGUUCUUGGCUGGUCUAAUUGUUCUUUUGUGUCACUAUUCUAUCAGAGCCACCAUGCUGUUUGGAAAUAACGCUGUGGGUGUUCUCUGUACUGUGAUCCUACUCUCGUAUAUGAAGCUUUUACGGACCAUUGUAUCAGCACUUAGUCCUGCAGUUCUUCAUCAGUUUAAUCCUUACGGUACAAAAUGGGUGUGGUUGAUGGACGGUAAUGUAGAAUAUCUCGGAUUUAGGCAUUCUUUUGUAUUUGGAGUAGCCUUGCUGAUGUUGCUGUUUUUAUGGCUACCUUAUACGUUUGCACUUCUAUUCGUGCGCUGCCUGCACAGAUUUCCGUGUGCUACACGCUUUAUGCCAAACUUGAAACCAUUCAUCGAUUUUUACACUGGUCCACUGAAAGUCAAGCAUCAUUACUGGGUGGGUUUGACUCUACUAGGUCGGGUUGUUCUAGCUAUCACUGCUAUUGUUUCCCAAACUGUUAGCCCCUCGUUAGGUAUCGGUGUUCUCUGUAUUAUGUCGGCUAUCUUCUGUGCAUUUGUAGUCAAUGUGUAUAAAAAUACACUGAUUGCGUUUCUGGAGCUACUAUUUCUGUUCAACGUAGUUUCCCUCGGUAUUGCCUUUCUAUCAUCUGAGGAUAUUGAAUCAAAAUCAAGAGCAAUAAGCUCUUGUGUUUCAAGCUUUGUUUGUCUCCUCCUGUUUAUUGCGAUCGUCUGUUAUCAUGUUUAUCUGACAUUGAGGAAGUGUUUCCGUCUGAAUCAGAGAAAUGGAUACCAUGAUAUUAGCGCAGCUGAUUUGGGCUAUGAUGAUAGGGAUGACCAAAUUAAAGUAGCCGCGACAAGCACUAUUGUUGGCUUACGAGAGGAACUAUUGUCGAGUACUGAAUUAUAGCUAGUUUAUGGGUGAAGAUAAUGUUUUAUGAUGUGUGUUUGAGAAUAUAUUUUAUGCUAUGUACAUGUAGACUAUUUUUUUAUUUUAUGUGUGUGUGCGAUGCAUAUAUAUAUACACAUGAUUGCUUGUUUCUUCACGUAUUUUUAUAUAUCUAGUGCAUGUGUGUGUGUACAAUUACAAAGUAUUUGUUUUUGUCGUUAUUAUGUAUCGUGAAUGCAUGGUUUUCAAGAUAAAGUAUGUGCAUGUGCUGUUAGCUAUAUGCAUGACUGUGUUAUUAAUUAUGACAUAUCACCUAUAUAGAGUUUGUGUUUGUACUCUAGCUGGAGUCAUCGUUUUGUUCUAAAAGAUUCCCCUCCAAAAUUAGUCAAUGCAAUGAGAGAAGAGAAGAGUCAAGACAAUGAGAAAAGAGUCAAGACAAUGAGAGAAGAGUCCAGAUAUACAGUUCAUUGUAGUUAUUGUUCUUGACCUAUACUUGCAUGACUGAUACAAUUAUAUUAAAUAUCUGGUUUUUGUUGUAGUACAUUGUACUACCUAUUUAGUCAUGCAUGUGGUAUUAUGCGGCACAGAUAUUUUGGUCUCAUAGUUCUACUUCCAUUAUGCUGACCUAUCAAGCACAUGAGUAUACUACGUUAUAUACCCAAUCCUCAAUCCUGUGCUGAUAACCUUGAUAACCUUGAUAGUCAGUCACAACCUGUCAGUGCAUGGCAGUCACUUAUUACUAUCCCACAACACAUUGAAAACACCGGUUUUCGCCCUGCCAUGCAGUGGGUGUAGAGAUCUUUAUUUUGUGCAAGUUGAGUCUUUGGCCAUCACUUUGUAAAAAUCCCUGCUUGCAUUGCAUUGGAGUUGUAUCAUCAGCUUGGUUACAAAUUAUCAAUAAUGUAUUUGGUUUUUCAUAUAAUGACACUUUAAAUUCUCAACACCUAGUUCUUUUUGCGCCAUGUUAUAUAGUUCUCAAGGCUCAACACUUGACAUAAUUUUAUGUAUCCAGCUUAUUCAAAGUAUCACGUCAUAAUUGUUAUUGUAAAAGUGCAGGCAUUGUCUUCUCUGACGAUGGUCAUUCCCCUUUUAACAAUAAUAUUAUUAUAGGCAGUGUGCAAUUGCUUGUUGUCUAUUGUGUCUGCUGCGAAUGGUUUAUAGAACUGUGUAGUUUUAUACAGUAUAAUUAUAUAAAAUUGCUAGCUGGUAUAGCUGCGAUAAACUUUAAUUGUCACAACCUGUCAGUGGCAGUCACUUAUUACUAACAUGCAUAUAACUUUUCAGGGAUUCAUAUAGGAUUUUUAGCUGGGAGGGGGAAACGUUUAAUUCAGAGGCGCCCGGGAGUCAUUACUCCAAUUUUUUAACGAAAUGAUCAUCUGAGGUGAAAAUUUGGCCUUUUUGUGUGUUUCAAACCAUGAAGUAUACUUCUAGGGGGGGGUUGGCUGGGGGUGGAAAAUCCCAAGGCUGAAACCCUGCCCUUUGAAACACCAGUUCUCAUCCUGGGUGGAAAUAAUUAUAAUUACAGGUUGCUUUCUUGCACAAUUUAACACUUGUCUCAUUUCUACACUCGCCCUGGUAAUCAUCAUCUUCGCUGGUUAUUAGCAAAUUGAGUCUGUAGCCAUCAUAUCACUUAGUCCCCAAAUUAGUGAGUAUAUUUAUGCCUCGAGGCGUAGCCGCACGAGGGAUACGGUAAAGCUGACUGUGUGUGUGUGUGUCUGUGUGUCUGUUCCAGCUGUAACUGCUCAACGGUUGCAAUGCGACGAAAACUAACAGCUUCUAUAGGCUUCUAGCCACGUUCUCUUGGAUUUUGAUUCGUGGAUUAGCAAACUAAAGCUUCUUUCUCGAGUUAUGGCUAGUUUGACUCACAUUGAAGGCUGUUGCAGUCUCUUUAGAAUCUUUCAUAGCAUCAUCUGUCCGCACAUACUUUCUAUUCAACAUAUGAGUUAGCCUUGCACUAAAGCGCUAGCUUUUUGUUAGCUACAAGACUCAGAAAAUAUCUGUUAAAACAGCUAGCUAGCAGUAGCCAUUGAUCUGUUUGGACACACCCUUUAUUAUUCCUGUGGAUGUAAUGCGCAUGCGCGCUCAUUCCCCACGUGUGAGAAACCAAGAUCCAGAUCCAGAUCCUCCUGGCAGAAUCAUCUUUGUCUUGAGGGCCUGGUCUGAUAUUAUAUACACUGAACUACAGAUCCUGGAAGAAUCAAUUUUCUUCUUUCUUGAGGUCCUGGUAAGCCACAUAAUACAAUAAAUAACAACAAUAGAUGCAUGUAAAUAAGUCUUUUCUUCUCAGUGACUUUAUAUAGGUAAGCUAACUUUAAUAUAAAAUUCAUUAUAGAAACUAAUAUAACACUCUUAAUACUUUUGAGCGAAAGCAAAAACAUGGCGAGAGGCAUUAGCACAGCGCCAGCUUGAACACUAGUCUUUGCUGGCACUUAUCAAAAUACAUUUCACUGUUCUAAAAACUUUGUUUUCUUUAAUGCGCCAUGUGAGUUUUCAAGGCUUAACACUUUAUAUGUGUCCAGCUUAUUCAAAGUAUCAUCACGUCAUUGUUAUUGUAAAAGUGAAGUGUGCAGACAUUUUCCUCUGACUAUGCAUGGUUAUUCCCUUAAAGAACAAUACUACAAUAGCCAGUGUUCACUUUGCUUGUUGUUUUUCAGCUCUGUAAUGUUUUAUUUUGUCGUGUCUGCUGCAAUUGGUUAGAACAGUGUAUAUUAUAGUUUUGUUGUGUCUAUACAUGCAGUAGCCUCGAUCCCAGGCCGAGUUUUCGCUUUUAUAACGGUUAGGUGAACAACUGGGCCUGGUACUAGUUGUCUGCGCAUGCGUCAGUCGUUCGUCAGAUUCUGACAAAUGGAUAUUCUCGUUCACUUUCGUGACAUUUAUAUUCGUGUACUAUCGUGUACUAGAAGUCAGUUCCCGUUUUAUCAUUAUUGGAAUCGAUUGGAAUGGCUCUUAGCUGAAGCUUCUCUCUUCUCUGAAGCUUAUUCUGAAGACUGAACAACAAGGGAAGAGGUAUAAAGCUUUGUCAAGCUUGUUAAGGUCAGAUAUUUUUGUGUGGGCCCUAUGGCCGGCUAUGCUAUCAAGUCUUGUUCAUGUUUGGCAAGAAUGUAGGUAGACUAUAGUUUCAUCAUUAAUAUGGUGGAUCAAGUGAAGAGUUUGAGCUAAAGAACUUGGUGCUGCCAUCAUCAGCUCGUCGACAAUGACACUAUAACCGAGAAAUUUAAUAUGUAUAGAUCUACACGUAUUUAAAAUGUCUACUUCUCUGUACAGGAGCAAUGGCUAAUAUCCAGCUAUCCCAAGCUCCUCUUGGCUAUACUAACGGACGAGACUGGACAGUUUGAGACACAGGACUGGAGUAUGACCUGCUCAUUCGAGCGUUGCUGGGUAGCUCAGAGACAUCAAGAGAAUCUACGUUUUCUCAAGCAAUGAGUUACGAGUUGGGGCCUAGAAUCAGAGAAGUCCAGCAGCCUGCUAAAUCUUUUUGAAACGUAAUUUGAAGGCAUUCAAUCAUCUUGAAGUUGCCCUGGGUCACUGUAAUUGUGCUGCAGCACAACUGGCAACUCCCCAGGCCUUUGUGAAGCAGCUCCCUAUGUGCAUCUUUUGUGUACUCACUCUGUGCAUUUUCUGUGUACAAAUUUCGAUUAUUGAUUUAUUAAAUAUUUUUGCCGACCACAAA